UUUAUAAGAACAGGUCGCGGCUCGUUUCCGCAUGAGUCCUCAACGCGUCAGUGCGAUCGUUAUCAACGUUCCGCAUCAAGUUGCACUUUAAAAACGUUGAUUUACUUGAAAGUCGAACAAAUCGUGCACUCUUCCACAGAAAAAUUAUACAACAAGGAACUAGAAACAAGAAGAGCGUUCCGCAUAACCAAUAGCUCUUUGAGUAACCAGAAUUGAAUCUCAACAGCUCAAGUUCGCGCCAAUUCGAAAUAUUAGAAUAAUGAAUAAUACUUUCAUCUUCUCUCGAGAAUAACAUCAGGCAGAUUAGCGCUUGGAUUGGCGCUCCUCAAAAAUCAGUGUCGUGCUGAGUCAUUCAAGUGAUCACAGUGAAUAAAGUGAUUCAUAAAGACGUUUUUGCUAUCUCAAAAUAUCAGCGCGUAAAUUGAGGAGAAUCUAACGAUAAAAAAUGGGGAAUCUAUGGGUGAUCUUGUUGAUUUCCAUAAUAACGAUUACUCACUUGCCGGUAGAGGGUAAAGUAAUGGCACAAUGUGACGUCGUAAGAGAGCUAAUGAGGGCUAAGAUCAGCAGAAGUUUCAUCAGCAAUUGGAUCUGCUUGAUGCAGAGCGAGAGCGGAUUAGAUACGAGAGUAGUGAAAGGGCCAAAGACAGCUUCCAGCUACUCUUACGGAAUCUUUCAGAUCAACAGCGUCAAAUGGUGCACCAGAGGACGCGCGGGUGGCCUAUGCAAUGCACGCUGCGAGGACUUCGCAAAUGAUGACAUACAGGACGACAUUACGUGCGCCAAGAAGAUUUACAAUCGGGACGGCUUUAAGGCGUGGGACGGAUGGAUGAAAAACUGCAAGAACAAGCCGCUACCAAACAUCGGAAACUGCAGGCGGAGGAGGAUGACGCUGUAGGUGAAAACAUUGUAAUCCCAUCGAUACGAGACGGAAUUCGCUUUAUAAGCAAAAUUCAAUCUUAACUCUAAGCUCGACCAGCAUCUCAGCAAUCAUUGAUCACACACAUAUACACAUGAUGGUCUGUUAAUAUGGUAACAUAGUGUUUAAAAAAUUAAGUAAACAUAUAUUAAACAGAGUAAACACUGGCUAUCAGUAACGCAAUCAAUGUUAUAAUUUCUUUCUCAACAAUGCAACAUAACACGAGUGUUAUGUAACAGUUACAUUGUUGAGUAAAGAAUUAUAACAUUGACGUAAUGUUACUGUUACUUGAUGUUUAAAUCGCGUAAUGAUUUACACUCUUCUGCAAAACAACAUCCUUAUUCUCUACUUUUCUGGUAGCUAAUGACGCACAUAAGAAUAAUUAUAUGUGCACUUAGAGUAAAAAUAAAAAAAAGUAAAGGAUAUUUAUUUCUCGAUGGAAUUUAGCUUUAAGUAAAUAUGUUAUU